AAACGCGACGAGUUUUACAAAAAAAAUCAAAUCGAAAAAAUUGAUCAGAAAGGAUUUGGUUUUGGGUGGAAGUUAUACUGGAAUCAUCAUUUGAUACAUCAUAUAGAGAAGACAUAUAUCUUCAAUCUAAUAUCAGAUCAUAUAUAGGUAUUCACAAUGGCUACUCAAGUAUCAAGGGCGGCAGUGGCUCCUUCUAAUGCCACUUUCAAAGAUAAAGAAAAACCACAAGAAGUGCGUAAGGCAAAUAUAUUGGCAGCAAGAGCAGUGUCAGAUGCCAUUAGAACUUCAUUAGGUCCAAAGGGGAUGGAUAAGAUGAUUAGAACUAAGACUGGGGAGAUUAUUAUUUCCAAUGAUGGGGCUACUAUAUUAAAACAUAUGGCUGUGUUACAUCCAGCUGCUAGAAUGUUGGUGGAUGUAAGUGCUGCUCAAGAUGUUGAAGCUGGUGAUGGUACUACUUCUGUUGCCAUCAUAACUGGUUCCUUAUUAGGAGCUGCUGAUAGAUUAUUAAACAAAGGUAUCCAUCCAACUUUGAUUGCUGAAUCAUUCCAAAGAGCUGCCAAAAGAUCUUGUGAAAUUUUAUUGGAUAUGUCUUAUAAAGUUGAUCUUGAAGAUCGUGAACAAUUAAUAAGAGCUGCUUCAACUUCAUUAUCAUCUAAAAUCGUCAGUCAACAUUCAUCUCUUUUAUCUCCAAUUGCAGUUGAUUCUGUCUUAAAAGUUAUAAAUGAAGAAGGUAAUAAUGUUGAUCUUAAUGAUAUACGUUUAAUUAAAAAGGUUGGUGGAACUAUUGAAGAUACUGAAUUAAUUAAUGGUGUGGUAUUAACUCAAAAUGUGGUUAAAAAUGCUGGUGGUCCAACUAGAAUUGAAAAGGCUAAAAUUGGUUUAAUUCAAUUUCAAUUAUCUCCUCCAAAACCAGACAUGGAAAAUAAUGUUGUGGUUAAUGAUUAUAGACAAAUGGACAAGAUUUUAAAAGAGGAAAGAGCUUAUUUAUUAAAUAUUUGUAAAAAGAUCAAAAAGGCUAAAUGCAAUGUGUUAUUAAUUCAAAAAUCAAUUUUAAGAGAUGCUGUUAAUGAUUUAGCUUUACAUUUCCUUUCAAAAUUAAAUAUUUUGGUUAUAAAGGAUAUUGAAAGAGAUGAAAUUGAAUUCUUAUCUAAAUCAACUGGUUGUAAACCAAUUGCUGAUAUUGAAACUUUCACUGAAGAUAGAUUAGGUUCAGCUGACUUAGUUGAAGAAGUUGAAAGUGCUGGUUCAAAGAUUGUUAAAAUUACUGGUGUUACUUCAAAAAACAUAAAACCAACUGUGUCUGUUAUUGUUAGAGGUGCUAAUCAUUUAGUUUUAGAUGAAACUGAUAGAUCAAUUCAUGAUGCUUUAUGUGUUAUAAGAUGUUUAGUUAAAGAAAAAGCUUUAAUUGCUGGUGGUGGUGCUCCAGAAAUUGAAAUUUCAAGAACUUUAAUGAAAGAAUCUCAUAAAUUUUCCGGUGUUGAACAAUUCGUAUAUCAAGAAUUUGCACAAGCUUUAGAAGUGAUUCCAACCACUUUAGCUGAAAAUGCUGGUUUAAAUCCAAUCAAUGUGGUUACUGAUUUAAGAAAUAGACAUGAAAAUGGUGAAAAGAAUGCUGGUAUUUCAGUUAGAAGAUCCGGAGCUUCAAAUACUUAUGAUGAACAUGUUUUACAACCAGUGUUGGUUAGUACUAGUGCCAUCACUUUAGCUUCUGAAUGUGUUAAAUCAAUCUUAAGAAUUGAUGAUAUUCAAUUCAGUCGUUAAGUACAAUGUGUGAAAUAAAUAAAUUUGUAUAUAUAUAACUUAUAUUAUU